CAGCUUGAAGAAAAACAUCGUAGUUUCCAACAGAAAAAUAAAAAGAGAGCUUGCUGAUUUUCUAAUAAGAUGGCAGGUAUUAUAGCCAGAAAGAAUCAAGAAAAACUUGCGGAAUCUUUAUACAAAAAUACAAACUUUUCCAAGCAAGAAGUAUUGAAUUUACUGACGAUGUUUUCCGAAGAAGUCAAGCCAAAAGACAAGAUGGACAGAACGGCAUUUCGAGAAAUAUUGCGAACAAAAUUCAGUAUGACAGAUGACAUGCUUAUGGAUCGAGUUUUCAGGGCAUUCGACAAGGAUACUGACAGUUUUAUACGAAUGGAAGAUUGGGUUAUGGGUUUGUCUGAUUUCUUGAGAGGAAAUUUAGACAAAAGAACAGAAUUUUGCUUCAAUGUGUAUGACUUAAAUGGAGAUUCAUUUAUUUCAAAAGAAGAAAUUAUACAAUUACUAAAGAAUACAAUUGUCAAGCAAUCAACUGAAGAAGAGCCUGAUGAAGGUGUUCGUGAUCUUUGUGACAUAGCCUUGAGAAUUACGGAUGAUGAUAGUGAUAACAAACUUUCAUUGAAAGACUUUAAAGCAGCAGUUAACAGAAAUACUCUUUUGCUCGAAAUCUUUGGCCAGUGUCUCCCAAAUCAAGAUGAUAUCGAUAAAUUUCUUGAGGAAAUAAAGGACGAAAAGGAGAAUCAGGCAAAAGGGCCUUCAAGCUAUAAACCUCGCAAGACAUAACCAUCUAUAUAAUAUGAUACUUAGCAAAUAAGAUCCACAUUUCUUUUUUGUAAAUAAGGCCUGCCACAGAUCAACAUUCUGUGUUAGAAAGAAGAUCACCUCACCAUGUAGAAAGGAAGUUUCAUCAGAAAUACAAAUAAAUAAACAAUCAAAUAG